CAUUCACUUAUUCUGCAGUCGACAUCUCCAUAGAGAACAGCAAAAUGACUUCUCACGAGAACUACCAAAAGUUUUUGGACAACGGCCAGUACUCCAAACAUGGGCUGGAGAAAUACGAGUGGAUAUUCGGUGAGACCUUUUUAUCAACUGGAGGUAUAACUACUACCAUGAAAGUCUUAGAGUAUGUCCAAUUAGGAAAGAACCCUAAAGUACUAGACGUUGGAUCUGGUCUCGGAGGACACAGUUUCCUUUUCGCCGAAAAAUUCGGAGCUGAAGUCCUUGGUCUGGAUCUAUCAGAGAACAUGCUAGAAAUUGCUCGCGAACAUUUAUCUAAACGGCCACACCUGUGGGACAAAGUCAAAUUCGAGUUCCAAGACUGCACUAAAAUAGAUUAUCCUGAGAACUCCUUUGAUCUGAUUUACUCAAGAGACACACUCCUCCACAUUCGGAAUAAAGAUCAGCUGUUUAAGAAGAUGUUAAAAUGGUUGAAGCCUAACGGAUGUGUCCUAUUUACUGAUUACGUCAAAGGUGAAGAUGAGACGAAAUACACUGAAGAGUUUAAGAGAUAUUUAAUAGAUCGCGACUACGAUAUGGUGACGAUAUCUGAGUACAAAGCAAUUCUGACCAACGCUGGCUUUAAGAAGGUUCAGGUGGAAGACUGGAAGGACCAAUUCAAGUAUGCUUUGGAGAUUGAGCUGGACAAACUGCAAGGCAAAAGGAAAGAGUUCUUGCAGCAAUUCACCCAAGCUGAUUAUGAAGAUUUGGAGUCCGGGUGGCUGAAUAAGGUGUUCAGAGCGGACGAAGGUAACCAAGGAUGGGUAUUAGGAGUCGGCAGGAAGACUUCAGAAUGAGAAGGUAAAAAGUAUUAAAUGCCACAGCUACGUCUGAAAUUACAGUCUGUUUAUAAAGAGGACAAAUUGUCAUUCCAUUGCAAUAUCCAUGAAAUUAAUUCAUGGUUAUUGCAAUCAGCAAUGAUCAGUUUUUAGUACUCUCUCAAAACCUAGUGUUGCCUGCUAAGGGGACACGCCCUAAUUGUUUUCGACUCAAAGACACACAGUACUUAAGCUUAACAGUACUUAGUUGUGAUAUAAUCAAAUUCAGAAAACCAUUUCAUUUUUUUGUGUAAUCGUAUAAUUUAAGUAAGUGUAUCCUUUUUUUAUACAAUUAGGCCAUAUUUUUUAUCUACCGUUAAGAAAUCACAAAACUCUUUUACAUCACUGUGGUCUUAUAAUAUACCUAUACUUACUUGGUCAUACUCAUGAACUACUGUAUUAUUACAAGGGUGCAAAUGUUUGUUAUUACAUGCGAGGCGGGACUUUUUUCAUGCGCAACACGAAGCGGAGUGCCUAAAUAAAGACGAGUAUGUAAAGAUCAACGCACGCGUAUGUCAUAUAACGCAGAUAUAUUAACAUAUUAAGCUGUAAAUUUACGAGUGUGUUGAAAAUGGAAAUAAUAUUAUAUAAAUAAUGUUAUUUAUAAGAUUUCAAUAACCAACCUACUUAAUAAAAAAAUGUCGUUUAAUAGAUAUACAUACAUUACUAUUAUAAUGUGUGUGAAACCAUUUAUAUCUAAUAAAAUAUUAACCUUU